AUGACCAUGAACUCGAAUACCCAUCCAAACUCUCUUGAACAGCUUAACAAACUUGCUCUAUCCACCACCGCUGCAGAAGGGUUAGAUCUUGUCCGAGCACCUUCUGCUCCGCCUCCACCAGCACCUCAUGCACGUGAUGAUAUCGACGAAUCCGCGUCGAUACAUGAGAAGAGCCUGGAAAGGGGAGUAGAAGGUGAUCGUUUAGAAGAGGAUGUUGCCGAAGCGAUAGAGGAGUUUGAAUAUCCAGAGGGAGGAUAUGGGUGGAUCGUCGUAGGAUGCUGUAUGACAUUUGCGGCUUUGACUAUGGGGUGGGGUGUAGCGUGGGGUGUCUUCCAAGCUCAUUAUGCCGAAUAUACAUUUCCGGAACAAGCUUCAAAGUUGAGUAUAAUAGGUGGACUUUUCGCUCUGUUGCAAAACACAACUUCCUUUGUAGCUGGAAAGAUCGGCGAUAAAUUCGGUUUCAAAAGAGUACUAUUCGUGUCGGUAUCCGUCUAUUGGCUAGCUCUAUUCUUAGCCUCUUGGAGUACGAAAUUAUGGCAGAUCACCCUUACCCAGGGUGUGUUGACUGGUAUCGGAGUUGGUAUAUGUCAGCCCAUGUUCUUCAGUCUACCAUCACAAUGGUUUCAUAGUAAAAGGGGUCUAGCUUCGGGUUUAGCUAUCGCAGGUGCUGGUUUCGGAGGAGCAAUUGGCACUUUGAUCAUCAGGGCUCUAUUGAAGGCAAUAGGACCUCACAAGACAUUACUCAUAUACUCAUUCAUCAACCUGACACUCAUGACGGUCGCCACUUUCCUUGUUCGUACCCAACCUAAAUCUCCCGAAGCCAGAGCGAAAGGUAAAGGACCAUGGUUUGACAAGAGGGUCUGGAAAUUGGUACCAUUCCAUUUCUUGGCUUUGUGUUUGUUGUUAAAUACUUUCGGGUACAGCACCGUCCUUUUCUUCUUGACUCAAUACAUCAAGCAAUUGAGAGGCGUCCCAAGUAAUGAUAUUCUUGGUGCUCUACCAUUAAGUUUACUCAACUUCUGUGCCGGUGUCGGUCGUAUAUCCAUUGGAUACGCCGCAGACAAACUAGGAGCGAUGAACACUUUUGUCUUCGUCUGUAUGGCCUCAGCAGCUGCCAUCCUGGCCUUGUGGUUACCUGCUACGACUUAUAAUGUCAUCGUCGCGUUUGGUGUAAUAUAUGGAUUGAUCGCUCCGACAUAUUACACUCUCAUUCCCAUGGCAGCCGCCGAGGUCUUUGGUCCCGAUAACCUAGCCUCUAAUGUUGGUGUAGUAUUGCUGUUCACCGCUCCCGCAGGACUGGGGGGCGGUUUAGUCGGAGGUCAAAUACUGGAAAAGACGGGCGAAUGGAAAUGGUUGAUAGUGUACGGAGCAUUGUUGCAUGCUGUGGCUGGAGUCUGUAUAUUGAUCACUCGGUUGAUGAUAGAUAAACGGAUAUGGGCAAAAGUGUAG